AUGGCAGGCAUACUGAAGGGAAAGCUGGCCUUGGUGACGGGGUCGUCCCGAGGUAUCGGAGCCGCCAUCGCUGCCAACCUGGCUGCAAAGGGCAGUGAUGUGAUUCUCAACUACACAUCCUCGUCGUCUCAGUCCAUCACCAAGGAGCUCUCCGACAGCCUGACCAGCCAACACGGCAUCAAGACCUACAUCGUGCAGGCCGACCUCGGCACACCGGGUGGUCCCGCCGAGCUGAUCAAGCUCACCAAGGAACAGUUCGCCUCGACAAACAGCGACCGGCCGUUCCAGAUCGACAUCAUCGUCAACAACGCCGGCAUCGCGCUCAACGACAAGCUCCCAGACCUCACCACGGAGCAGUUCGAGAAGACGUACCGCGUCAACGUGCUCGGCCCGCUGCUGCUCAUGCAGGCCGCGGAGCCGUACCUGCCGACCGACCGCUCCGGGCGCGUCGUCAACCUGUCGUCGGUGUCCAGCGCCACGGGCUUCGUGGGCCAGAGCGUCUACGGCGGCACCAAGGCCGCCCUCGAGGCCAUGACGCGCACCUGGGCCCGCGAGCUCUCGGAGCGCUGCACCGUCAACGCUGUCAACCCGGGUCCCGUGCUGGGGCCCAUGUACGCGUCCAACACGGACGAGUUCAAGGCGCAGAUCAAGGGCUGGAUCGACCACACGCCCCUGAUGAGGCCGAGGGAGGGCAUCGACGCCCAGGAGCUGGUCGAGGAUGCCAAGACCAGCGGCGGCAGGCCUGCCUACCCGAGCGAGGUUGCUGGCAUCGUCGGCAUGCUGUGUACGCCUGACGCCGCUUGGUGUACAGGUCAGGUCGUCUGUGCCAACGGUGGUAUGAUCUUGUCAUGCAAACGGGAUUAUGGAAAGAAGCCUGAGAACAUUCCUGGUAAGGUCAUCGAGGCAUAUAGUCCAGUCAAUGAGUGUCAAUCCAAUGGGAUUCAACAUAGCAAAAUUUACCACCAGAUCCGGGACAUCAAUGAAAAUGACACUCGCAUAGGGAGCAUGCGGCUUAGCCUGGGAAACGUCGCCCAACAACAAACAGAACCUGUAAUGGUCAUUGUCAGAGUGUCUAUCUCUGCGGGCAAAAUGGACAUGCGCUUGCAGCACUUCUUGAUCCUGAUUCGACAUCUCGCGCCGCUGCGGAAUCUCAGUGGGUCAACAGGACCAGAAGAGGAUAUUGGUAGGUAUCCAUUGACAUCCCCGGCCGCCCACGGAGUAAUUACAACCCCAUCGACUCCGUCACAGGGUUGA